AUGGCUCUUGAGUUUUUUGCUCCAAAGAUUGUGGAAGGAAAGUCGAUUGCUGAAAUUGAACCUGAAGACAUCAUUGGUGAGCUUAAAUAUUGGGAAUCUGCUUUGAUUAUGUAUGUCAUAGGGAGAGAUCUUAGUAUGAAUUCUGUUAAGCAAUUCAUGGAAAAGAAUUGGAGUUUUGUGAAAUUGCCAGAUCUGUUCUAUAAUGAUGAAGGAUACUUCAUUAUGCGUUUCCAUUCUUCCCAGGACAAGGAUGAAAUUUUAUCGAAGGGUCCUUACACAAUUAUGAACAUGACUAUGCUCCUUAGAGAUUGGUCCCCUGAGUUUAAUCUCAAGAGAGACAUGCUGAGAACAAUCCCUAUCUGGAUUAAGCUUCCUCAAUUACCUUUAUACCUUUGGGGUGCGAAAACCAUGGGGAAAAUUGGUAGUAUACUGGGAAAACCGAUAGUUACAGAUGAAUGCACAGCUCAAAGGCUGAGAAUCUCUUAUGCUAGAAUGUUAGUGGAGAUUGAUAUCACCCAAGAAAUGCCAAAGGAAGUCACUAUUGCUGAUAAUGAAGGGCAUGAGUUAAUUCAAGCUGUGGAGUAUGAAUGGAAACCAAAGUACUGUGGAAAGUGUAAAAAGUUUGGACAUGUGUGUGAAAAACCUAAAGUCAGAAAAGAGAAAGUUUGGGUACCAAAACCUAUUCUGAAAAGUAAUGAGCAAGAGGAAGGGGGGCCUAGCAAUAAGGAGACACAGAUGAUCAACACUACUAAUACUGAGGACCUGGUUUCAGAGUGGACUACAGUACAGAAGGCAGGAAAAAAGACAGUUACUGAUACAGGUACAAUGCAGAAAGCUGGAAAGAAGAUAAUUACUGAUACAGGUACCUCUGAAUUGAAUUGCUCUAAUGGAUUUGGCCUACUAGGAGUUGUGAAUGACUCUCUAGUGGUGCAGGAGAAAGUGCCAUGA